GGAUAAAACGAUCUGCGCUCCUGUUCAACCUCCUUUUCAGUUGAAUACUGAAGCUUCGUCCGGAUCAUGUCAAGCGGUUCUGCGGAUUAUAACAGCUCUAGAGACAGAGACCAUGGGGGCCCGGAGGGAAUGGAGCCUGAUGGUGUCAUCGAGAGCAACUGGAACGAGAUUACAGAUAAUUUCGAUGACAUGAAUCUGAAGGAGACUCUCCUUCGGGGCAUAUAUGCAUAUGGUUUUGAGAAACCAUCCGCCAUUCAACAGAGGGCAAUCAUUCCAUGCAUCAAAGGCUAUGAUGUCAUUGCUCAGGCCCAGUCAGGAACUGGCAAGACGGCCACGUUUGCCAUUUCCAUCCUUCAGCAGCUGGAGAUAGACCAGAAAGAGACGCAGGCUCUAGUGCUGGCUCCCACUAGAGAGCUAGCUCAACAGAUUCAGAAAGUAAUACUGGCUCUGGGUGACUACAUGGGUGCCACCUGCCAUGCUUGCAUCGGGGGCACCAAUGUGCGGAAUGAGAUGCAGAAACUGCAGGCUGAAGCUCCUCACAUAGUGGUGGGAACCCCAGGGCGAGUGUUCGACAUGCUCAACCGGAGAUACCUGUCUCCCAAAUGGAUCAAGAUGUUUGUCUUGGAUGAAGCAGAUGAAAUGUUGAGUCGAGGAUUUAAGGAUCAAAUCUAUGAAAUUUUCCAAAAGUUGAGCACCAACAUCCAAGUUGUGCUUCUCUCAGCUACGAUGCCAGCUGAUGUGUUGGAGGUGACCAAAAAAUUCAUGCGUGAACCAAUUCGCAUCCUUGUGAAAAAGGAAGAGCUUACCUUGGAGGGUAUCAAGCAAUUCUACAUCAAUGUGGAAAGGGAGGAGUGGAAAUUGGACACGCUCUGUGACUUGUACGAGACUCUGACAAUCACCCAGGCUGUCAUUUUCUUGAACACAAGAAGAAAAGUUGACUGGUUGACUGAGAAGAUGCACGCAAGGGACUUCACUGUCUCUGCCCUGCAUGGUGACAUGGACCAGAAGGAGCGAGACGUGAUCAUGCGGGAGUUCCGAUCAGGAUCUAGCAGGGUUCUGAUCACUACAGACUUGCUGGCUCGUGGCAUUGACGUCCAGCAAGUGUCCCUAGUCAUAAAUUAUGACUUGCCCACAAAUCGUGAAAACUACAUUCACAGAAUUGGUCGUGGGGGUCGAUUUGGCAGGAAAGGUGUUGCGAUCAACUUUGUCACUGAGGAGGACAAGAGGAUUCUUCGGGAUAUCGAGACCUUCUACAAUACGACUGUCGAGGAGAUGCCGAUGAACGUGGCCGACCUGAUUUAACCCUUUGGAUGAGAUUUCUUUUAUGCGGUGCUCGCUGUGGUCGAAUAAAACGCGUGCAUUGUGUUCAUUUUAUUGGAAAAUAUUGAAUCUCGUCUCAAUGCUGAAAGCGGAUCAGAAUUUGGAUAUUUGAUAAAACGAGAGUUAAGUCGUGAGCUCUUGUGUGGACAGUUUGUAGGCUCAAUCUCAACAGUUUGACUGCCGGGGCGGGAUUACAAAGACAUGGGGUCUUUACAUUUUUUCUUUAUUCAGUAUUUUUUUCCUAGCUCAAUAAAGUUGUAUGUAUUAGAUGUACUCUACCGUUUGAUAAUUUACUUGUGGACUAAAAGAUAUAAGUGCUGUAUAAAGUCGGCCAACUACGUUGAACUAACAUACUUGCAGUUAAACUAGGGCCAGAUCUGAACACCUUCCAAAUUAAUGCACUUUCUAGUUCAUUUUGUUGAAUGUAUUUAAUUUAACUAUUUAAUCAUGUAUAUUCUGAAGACCUCUUUACAUGUGGGCUUUAAUAACUUCAAUAGCACUUAAAUGACAAAUUGAUUUAUUUGUAUUUGACCCGUUUCAGAAUAAAGAGGAGUAUAAGGUUA